UCAGCCGCUGUAUACACAGCAAAACUCAUAGCAGAAAUUCCAACGGGGAAGGUUUUCAAGAAGAGGGGAAGGAAAUUGGGCAGGAGAGGAAAAGGGACUUGGGAACAACUGCAGCUUAGAGAUUUGUUAUUGAAAGUGAUCAAAACAGCAGAACAAGAUCUCGGAAAGAGUUGAAAAGAAGGAAUCUUGAAACACAUCCCCAUUCACUUUUUCAAGAUCUUCCAUCCAGUCUUGAGAUGGAUGUUGGAUGUUACCUCCAACGGAUUGGGUUCCCAAAUGCCCCUGCCACCCCUUCUUUGGAGACCCUCAAGGGCCUCCACCGUUCCCACCUCUUCUCCGUACCCUUUGAAAGCCUCAGCAUCCACUGCAAAGAGCCCAUCCACCUGGAAUUGCCUCGUUUGUAUGAGAAGAUUGUCCAAAACCAGCGGGGUGGAUUUUGUUAUGAACUGAAUGGACUUUUCCAGUGGUUGUUGCGAGCAUUAGGAUUUCACACCCAAUUCUUAGCCGCCCGUGUCUUCAACCGCUUCACACAGUGUUAUGGUCCUCCAUUGGACCACUUGGUCAUUUUGGUAGACUUGGAUGGACAGCAAUUCCUGUGUGAUGUUGGGUUCGGAGAAGGUUUCCUGGAACCGUUAGAGCUGAAGCCAGAGGUGGAACAAAUUCAAGAAGGAGGCAUAUUUUGGUUGAGCCUGGAAGGAGCCACCUGGGUCCUGGAACAUCGGGAAAUUUCUGGAGAGAAGGAGAGAUUCCUCUAUAAAUUCACUCUAGAGGAAAAGAAGCUGGAAGAUUUUUAUGACAUGUGUCUUUACCACCAGACUUCACCCUGUUCCAUCUUCACCUGCAAAUCCUUUUGUUCAUUGCACAAAGCAGAUGGAGGACGUUUAACCUACAUAGGUCACCGGCUCAUUUCCAGCACGGGAAAGGAGCGUACGGAAACGGUCUUGCAGGAUUCCGAGAUCCCAACCGUUCUCUUUGAUAAAUUUGGGAUCAAACUGAAGAACUUUGAACCUAAGGACGAAAAAAUCCUGCCACCUCCUCAACAAGAUUAACUAGUGGGAUAAGUUCUCUUUUGGAUUGUAAUGGAAUAUGGAAUUGGGCAAGUUGCAUCUAUUAAGGAUCUAUGGCUAUCUCUUUAACUAGAUUAAUUCCUGGGGAAAGCCAAGGGUGAUUACGUUUAUGUUUUAAUGAAAUAUGAAACUGGGCAGGUUGAUCUAUUAAAGAUAAUGUCCAAGAUCAUGCUUGUGAUUCUAUAAAGGUUAAAAAACCCUUUAAGUUUGAUUUAAGUUUGGAUAUCCUGCUGAUUAGCACAUCAGUGUUGCACCAAUUACUGGAUCAUCAUUUUUAGAUUUUUAAGGAACCCUGCAUGUGAUUUUGCCAGUAUUUGUACACUUAUCAGUGAUUGCUACAUAAAAGAUGGACCAAGAUGCAUCGGUAGUCUUGUCAGUCUAUGCUUCUGUUCAGCUUUGAGAGAGGUGGGGGGGAGGUGUCAGAGGGAGAGGGAGAAACAGAAGGGCUUCAAAAUUUUCGUACAAGCAGCUAGGCAGAUCCACACAUGUCGGGAGAGGAGGUCCUUCUGACAUUCCUUGAAAACUGAAAAGCUUUCCAAAUCUUCGUGCAGAGUGCCGCAGAUUAGCAUACGGUGUAUCUGUGUGGCCCGGCUAUCCUUGCAAAGGAAAAGAUCUCGUCCAAAGGUCGUUUUCCUAACCUGGGUUCAUUUUCCCAGACCUCCACCCAUAAACUUCCCCCAUAGUCUGGCCAAAAGCCAAGUGCCACAUGCCAAGGCCAAUAGCCACAAUCAUCUCCCGUGUCUCCUUCCUUCCUAUCUACAUACCUACUU